CAGACCUCCCCUGGCUGGACAGCGGUGCCAUGGGCUUUGGGCCGGAGCUGUGGUGCCCGCAGGGGCACAGUGCACUGCUGCGGCUGCAGGAUGGGGAGCUGCGCCUCCUGGAGCUGAUGAAGAAGUGGAUGUCACAGCGGGCCAAGAGUGACCGGGAGUAUGCAGGGAUGCUGCACCACAUGUUGUCCCAGCUGGAAAAGCAGGAGGGCGCUUGGCAGCUCCAUGGCAACCAUGGUGGUCAGAUCGAGAAGAUGCCAUCUCCACACCAUCCCUGACUCGCUUUCUUGCAGUCCUGGUGGGUGCUGGUGAGCCGGACAGAGACGCUGAGCCAGAUCCUGCGGCGGCAUGCGGAGGAACUGGCAGCGGGGCCGCUGGCCAAGCUCAGCCUGCUCAUCCGCGACAAGCAGCAGCUGCGCAAAGCCUUUGACGAGCAGUGGCAGCAGCUCAGCCAGGAGUAUAGCCGGACGACGCAGCAGGAGAUGGAGAAGCUGAAGGCGCAGUACCGAAGCCUGGCCCGUGACAGUGCCCAAGCCAAGCGCAAGUACCAGGAGGCCAGCAAAGACAAGGAGCGGGACAAGGCGAAGGAAAAGUACGUGCGCAGCCUCUGGAAGCUCCAUGCCCUGCACAAUCAGUAUGUGCUGGCUGUGCAGGCGGCUGCAGUGCACCACCAGCACCACUACCAGCGGGUGCUGCCCAGCCUGCAUCAGUCCCUCUACAAUCUGCAGCAGGAGAUGGUCCUCAUCCUAAAGGAGAUCCUCAGGGAGUACUGCAGCAUCAGCAGCCUGGUACAGGAAGACCUUUUGGCCACGCACCGGGAGAUUGCCAGUGCCAUCCAGGCCAUCGACCCUGCCACUGAGUACAGCAGCUUCAUCCAGAGCCACCAGUACGAAUCUGAGGUCCCACCAACCGUGUCCUUUGAUGAGAGCCUGCUGGAGGACACAGAAAACCUGGUGCCAGGGGAGCUGCAGCUGAAUGAGCUGACCCUGGAAAGUGUCCAGCACUGCCUGACAUCGGUUGAGGAGGAGUUGGUGGCCGCCACGGAGGCUGUGAAUAUCAAGGAGCAGCAGAUGCAGGAGCUGAAGACAGAGAUCCAUGAUGAGGAGCAGGGCCGGAGCCCCGGGGAGCGGGUGCACUUGUUGGGCAGGCGGCAGGGGCUGCAUGAGGCGCGGCAGCAGCUCGAGGGCUGCCUCUGUGCCCAGGCCAAGCUGCAGCUGCAGCGGGACGUGCUGGCCAGGAAGCUGGCAGAGUUGGGCACCAGGGACCCCCUGCCUGCCCUGCCUCUGCCCGAGGAUCGGCAGUCCGUCUCCUCCACGGAGCAGGAGCGGAGCGGGGCCAGUGCACUGGAGACCCUCAAGAACCACAUCACAGGGAUCUUCAGCCCAAAGUACUCGCUGCCACCCCCCGUGCCCCUAAUCCCAGAUGUGCAGAAGCCGCUGUGCCAGCAGGUCUGGUACCACGGGGCCAUCCCACGUUCAGAGGUACAGGAGCUGCUGACCUGCAGUGGGGACUUCCUGGUGCGGGAGAGCCAGGGCAAACAGGAGUACGUGCUCAGCGUGCUGUGGGAUGGGCAGCCCCGGCACUUCAUCAUCCAGGCUGUCAGUAACAUGUUUCGGCUGGAGGGUGACAGCUUCCCCACCAUUCCGCUGCUCAUCCAGCACCUCCUGCAGAGCCAGCAGCCCAUCACUCGCAAGAGUGGCAUUGUCCUGGCCAGGGCUGUGCCCAAGGACAAAUGGGUGCUCAACCACGAGGAUGUGCUGCUGGGGGAACGCAUUGGUCGGGGUAACUUUGGGGAAGUGUUCAGUGGACGACUGCGUGCUGACAACUCCCCUGUUGCUGUGAAAUCCUGCCGGGAAACCCUUCCGCCUGAGCUCAAGGCCAAGUUCCUGCAGGAAGCCAGGAUUCUCAAGCAGUAUAGACACCCGAACAUUGUGCGGCUCAUCGGUGUCUGCACGCAGAAACAACCCAUUUACAUUGUCAUGGAGCUGGUGCAGGGGGGGGACUUCCUGACCUUCCUGCGCAGUGAGGGUCCCCACCUCCGGGUGAAGGAGCUGGUCAAGAUGACAGAGAAUGCUGCUGCUGGCAUGGAGUACCUGGAGAGCAAGCACUGCAUCCACAGGGACCUGGCUGCUCGCAACUGCCUGGUGACGGAGAGGAACACCCUGAAGAUCAGUGAUUUUGGGAUGUCACGGGAGGAGGAGGAUGGCAUCUAUGCCUCCACAGGGGGGAUGAAGCAAAUCCCUGUCAAGUGGACGGCCCCUGAAGCACUCAAUUAUGGCCGAUACAGCUCAGAGAGUGAUGUCUGGAGCUUUGGGAUCCUGCUGUGGGAAGCCUUCAGCCUGGGUGCCGUCCCCUAUGCCAACCUCAGCAACCAGCAGACGCGGGAGGCAGUGGAGCAUGGUAUGCGGCUGGACCCUCCUGAGCAGUGCCCUGAGGAGGUGUACCAGCUGAUGCAGCGCUGCUGGGAGUAUGACCCCCGCAAGCGGCCCAGCUUCUGCACCAUCCACCAGGACCUCAUUGCCAUCCGCAAGAGGCAGCGGUGACAGGGAGCACCAGGGGCCCUGGAUCCAUCCCAUGGCAGUGCCUGGGGGCACAGCAGAGCCCUGUCUGGGCAGCGGGUACUGCGAGGUGGCCGUGUGGUGCUUGACCCCCAGGGCAGGGGCUCCUGCAUACCUCAGGGUGGGACAUGGUGCCCGCAGCUCCUGCCCUGCUUCAUCUUGUACAAUAAACACAUGAGCUCUGCAGCUGUGCAUCUA